AUGGCGGCGGCUAACGCUCCGAUCGCCAUGAGGGAGGCCCUUACGCCACCGUCUUCCUCUUCUUCUUCUUCUAAUAACAAUGGUGAUCCCGAUCUUGAAACUUUUGAUCUUGGUCAUGGGGCGGUCGAGAAGAGGAGUGAUGAUGGAAAUGAGAAUGUGAAUGAGGAUGGGUAUGGGUAUGGGUAUGGGAAUGGGAGUGAGAACGAGAAUGAAAAUGAGGAUGAGGAUGAGGAUGAAGAUGAGGAUAGGAAGAGAGAAGUAGAAGAGAACGAUGAUGAAGAUGGUGGAGUGGGAGAGAAUAAGAGUGGAAAUGAGACUGAAAAUGGGAGUAAAGUAAAUAAUGGUAGUGGUGAGAUGGAUAAGAAGAACGGGUAUGGUGGUGGUAUUCGAAAGUAUCAGUAUCCAGUGAGGCCUGAAGCUGAAGAUUGCUCAUUUUACCUCAAGACUGGAACGUGUAAGUUUGGAUCCAAUUGCAAGUUUAAUCACCCAGUUAGAAAAAGAAGCAAUCAGGGUGCUAAGGAGAAAGUAAAAGAAAGGGAAGAGUUCACAGAAAAUCUUGGGCAGUCAGAAUGCAAGGUUUUUAUAAUUACAACAAUUCUAGAUAUUAUAAUUUGAUCUUUUUCUCUUGUUUGGUGAAUUUUUUCAUUUGAUUCAUUCUGAUUAUUUGAAUGUUAAAAGUUAUAUAUUAUAAGAUUUCAGGAGAUUUUUUUACUCUCUUUUAAUACCACAUAUUUGACUGCAAUGUGUCUUUUGGACUAAUAAUAGAUUUAUGGUGCUAUAAAAUCUUGAGCUUCUUGCAGUAUAAUUUGAGGUGAGGGGGAUGUAAAUUUGGAAAAGCGUGUAAAUAUAACCACACUA